UUCAUUCAACGCGGGACGUUCGUUGCACUCAGAUGCGGGCCCGAGCGUCGCCUUGUCGCAACACCUUGAGUAUUGAUGAGGACGUGGGAUGAGGACGAGAAAGGGUGGGUCUCGUGGGGGCGAUACAUAAGUGGAAUGGCGGACGUCCUCUUCCUCGGGCAUUGUUGUCUCGUCACCAGAAUCAUCUUCGAAGAUGCGCUUCGCGACCCUCUUCACAGUCACCAUCCUAGCCCUCUCCUCCGUGCAGGCUCUUCCCAGCCUUGAGCCACGCCAUCAGCGAGGCAACGGUAUCAGCUGCAAGCGUGCGACGCAAUGCAAGUCGCAGUAUUGCAAUAACGGGAAGUGCGACACCAAGAAGCCUCUUGGCUACAAGUGCUCCGUCCAUGAUGGCUGUCAGAGCGGCUGCUGCAACAAGGGCAAGUGCGACCAAAAGGCCAAGAAGGCAAGCCACCCUCACCCAGCACCAAAGAAGACCAACCCGCAGUCGAAGCCUCAUCCGAAGCCAAAGCCCAAGGCACCGCACCCCCACCCUCACCCGCACCCGUACCCCAGACCACAGCCGGAUCGGCCUCAUCCUCAGCCCCAGCCUCAGCCCCAGCCUCAGCCCCAGCCUCCUCAAAAUCCUGAGCAGCCUCAGCCCAACCCUCCGACUGUACCAGGGCCCACGCCCGAGCAGCCGCAACCAGGGCCAGCACCCGAUCAGCCGCAGCCACAGCCGCAGCCCGGUACCACUGUACCCACAAUAGAGUACACCGGCGCCUUCUCGUUCUUGAAGGCAGACGGCCAACCAGGUGACCUUCUUGGCCUGUCGUUCGGCCAGAAGCGAUCUGAACGCCCAGCCGAUGUCACCAUCGUGGGUCGGGAGGAGCUUUGGACGCUCAAAGCUGACGGCACUUUGAUGUCGCCCGCGGGUCAUCUGCUCUACGGCGACGGAACCGUGGUCAAGGCUUACCCAAUCGCCGGCGCCAGGCCAGACAAGCUCAGUCUGUACACGUGUACGCUCGACAAGAGCUUGAUGGCAAGCGCAUACGUGCUUGACUGCAGUGUGCCAGACAAGGCGAACGGAGGACGCUCAAGCUCCUUUGUCAUCUGCUCCGGCGCAGGCGAAGUCCAAGCGAGGGCUGAAGGCUGCAAGAGCGGUGUUGCCACGCGCUUCGAUCAUCUGAUCCUCGACGGUCAUCAAAGGGAGGCUUCUCCCAGUCCACAAGAUCCAGUCGUGCACGAUCAACCUACCACUCAACCGAGCGAUCCGGUCACGCAGCCUCAACCAAACGAUCCUGUCACACAGCCCAGCACCCCUGCUCAGCCGCAAGACCCCGCUCAGCCCAAUCCUGUCACUCAGCCCAGCACCCCUGCUCAGCCGCAAGACCCCGCUCAGCCCAAUGACCCUGGACAAACGACUGACCCUCCAGCCCAGCCUAACGAUCCCGCCGCGCCCACGCCCAAUCAGCCCAUCAGUGGCGUCUUCUCGUACAUCGCCACUUCGGGCAUGUCUGCGCAAUUCUUGGGCGACAAAGCGAUUGCGCUACGAGACGACUUGCUAUCGUCCGAAGUCAGCGUCAAGACUUCACCCCGCACCUGGACUAUGACGUCGGAGGGUUCUCUCGUGUCGAACUUCGGAGCAGUACUCAGCGGCGAUGGCGUCCGCGUUCGGACUGUUCUCGAGGGUGCUACUGUCGAAAACUACCGCCCAUACAAGUGCACAGUAGACGACAGCACCACGGAAGAUACUACGGUACUCAACUGCGAGGUCAAGAGUCCCAGCGGGAUGUUCACGUGGAACAGUUUCGUGGUCUGCGAGGACGGUCGUGUAGAAGGCAGCAGCAUGCCAUGCGACGGCGAGGUUAAGGCCUACUUCACCCACUUUACCCUAGGAGCGCAGAUGACGACGAGCCCGCAGCCAGAUACGACCAUUCCCGGGACAACACAGCCCGGCACCUCCCAGCCGGAGACGCCCGCUCAGCCUGAAACGCCUGUUCAGCCAGGAACGCCCGCUCAGCCGCAACCGGAGACACCCACUCAGCCUGAAGUUCCUGCUCAGCCACAGACGCCAGCACAACCGGAGACGCCCGCCCAAUCAUACAUUCCUGGCUUUAUCCAUUACAGCGGCGUCUUCUCUUACCUUAACUCGGAGGGCAAACCAGGCGACUAUUUGGGCGAUACCGUCAUCCACCGCCGCGAUCUCGCUGCUCGUGCUGCUGGAGCCGACGUCACGGUUCGGCGGCAAGCACAGACGUGGACGGUGGACCAGAAUGGUUAUUUGACGUCGUCCUCGGGUGGUCGACUGUUUGGCGACGGCGAGCGAAUCAAGACGUACAGUGCAAACGCACCUACCAGCUUUUCUCCAUACGAGUGCUUCGCCGAUACCGCAAGCUCGACCGAGGACACUACGGUGCUCAAUUGCGAGGCACAACUGAAGUCAGGGCAGCGCAAGGCCAACUCAUUCGUCAUCUGUACAGACGGACGUGUGGAAGGCAGCGACUCGGCCUGCCUCGAUGGAGAUGCCACCCAUCCCUCGUUCACCCAGUUCAUCUUGGGCGGCGAGAGGAGUACGCCAGUCGACGAAGCGAAGAAAGACGAGGAGACGAAAGAGGAAGCCGAGGAGAAGGCGAAAGCUGCCGAGGAGGAGGCCAAGAAGCAGGCGGAAGCUGAGGAGGCCAAGAAGCAGGCGGAAGCUGAGGAGGCCAAGAAGCAGGCGGAAGCUGAGGAGGCCAAGAAGCAAGCCGACGAAGAGGCCGAGAAGCAGGCUGAGGCUGAGGCCGCGGCUGCGGAGGUCAAGAAGGCGACAGAGGCUGAGGAGGCCAAGAAGCAAGCCGAGGCUGAGGCUGCGGAGGCCAAGAAGCAAGCCGAAGAAGAGGAGGCCAAGCAGGCGGAUAUUGAGCAGGCCAAGCAGGCUGCAGAAGCUGAGCGGGCCAAGAAGCAAGCCGAGGAAGAGGCUGAGGAAGCGAAGAAGGCGGCAGAUAUCGAGGAGGCCAAGAAGAAGGCAGAGGAGGACAAGCCCAAGAAGCCACUGUCGUCUGGCAUCUUGUCGUGGCCGGGCUCAUCCAGGUUCCUCUUCGAGGAGACCAGUCCCCGCGGCCCCGAGUCCGCCGGCAUACCCUUCUACGAGCGCGCGCUCCGGACAGACGGUCGAAGCGGGGAGGUCUGGGCUAUCAAUGAUUCUGGCAACCUCAUCUCUCCAACCGGCAAGCUACUGAUCACGGACGGCAGGUUCGUCGGCACGCUCGAUGGAGAUCGCCUCGCAACGGCGAGCGGACGGUCAGCGUACGUCUGCUCACGAGACGAGAGUUCUACCCCUCAGCAAGCUGUCCUCAAUUGCGAGGCUCAGGUGACGACGGGUAUUGAGAACGAAUUUGCAACCUGCUUCUCACCGUUCGUGCAGACACCCUCUUCGCCCUGCACGUGGCGCAGAAUGAUCUUCUCGCAACUCAGUCUUACUGCUGUGGAAGAUUAAGUCAGCCUUUACCUGCGAGGUGUACUAUCCGCUCCUUCACUCUGUCUCUUCGCCUCCUCUCUCGGAAUACCAUACCAUUGUCACCGGCUAAAG